AAACACUGGAACAAAGAAUUCUUCAUCUGGUAUGUAAGAGAGCUCCUCACCUCCACAAUGACUAAUCAGGAAAAAUGGGCCCAUCUUAGCCCCUCAGAAUUUUCACAACUUCAGAAAUAUGCUGAAUAUUCUACUAAGAAAUUAAAGGACGUUCUUGAAGAAUUCCAUGGUAAUGGUGUGCUUUCAAAGUAUAAUCCUGAAGGGAAACAAGACAUUCUUAACCAAUCAAUAGAUUUUGAAGGUUUCAAGCUAUUCAUGAAGACAUUCCUGGAAGCUGAGCUUCCUGAAGAUUUCACCGCACACCUUUUCAUGUCAUUUAGCAACAAGUUUCCUCAUUCUAGUCCAAUGGUAAAAAGUAAGCCUGCUCUCCUCUCAGGCGGUUUGAGAAUGAAUAAAGGAGCUAUCACUCCUCCCCGGACUUCUCCUGCAAAUACGUGUUCCCCAGAAGUAAUCCAUUUGAAGGAUAUUGUCUGCUACCUAUCUCUCCUCGAAAGAGGAAGGCCUGAGGAUAAACUUGAGUUUAUGUUUCGCCUUUAUGACACCGAUGGAAAUGGCUUCCUGGACAGUUCGGAGCUGGAAAAUAUCAUCAGUCAGAUGAUGCAUGUUGCCGAGUACCUUGAGUGGGAUGUCACUGAACUUAAUCCAAUCCUCCAUGAAAUGAUGGAGGAAAUCGAUUAUGACCAUGAUGGAACUGUCUCUCUAGAGGAAUGGAUCCAAGGAGGAAUGACAACAAUUCCACUUCUUGUCCUCCUGGGCUUGGAGAAUAAUGUGAAGGAUGAUGGGCAGCAUGUGUGGCGACUGAAGCACUUUAACAAACCUGCCUACUGCAAUCUCUGCCUAAAUAUGCUGAUUGGCGUGGGGAAGCAGGGCCUCUGCUGCUCCUUUUGCAAGUAUACAGUCCACGAACGCUGUGUAGCUAGAGCGCCUCCCUCUUGCAUCAAGACCUAUGUGAAGUCCAAGAAAAACACCGAUGUUAUGCACCAUUACUGGGUUGAAGGCAACUGCCCAACCAAAUGUGACAAGUGCCACAAAACUGUUAAAUGUUACCAGGGCCUGACAGGAUUGCAUUGUGUUUGGUGUCAGAUCACACUGCACAAUAAAUGUGCUUCUCAUUUAAAACCUGAAUGUGACUGUGGAUCUUUGAAGGACCAUAUUUUACCACCCACCACAAUCUGCCCCGUGGUACUGCAGACUCUGCCUACUUCAGGAGUUUCAGUUCCUGAGGAAAGACAAGCAACAGUGAAAAAGGAAAAGGGUAGUGCUCAGCAACCCAACAAAGUGACCGACAAGAGCAAAAUGCAAAGAGCGAACUCUGUUACUAUGGAUGGGCAAGGUCUGCAGAUAACUCCUGUUCCGGGCACUCAUCCACUUUUAGUUUUUGUGAACCCCAAAAGUGGUGGGAAGCAAGGAGAACGAAUAUACAGAAAAUUCCAGUACCUCCUAAAUCCUCGCCAGGUGUACAGCCUUGCUGCACAUGGGCCAAUGCCAGGGUAA